GGAAGCGGACGUGAUAUUUAACGGUGGCAUUUGGAAGCCGUCAAUUAUGUGGCGCUUGCGUUUUUGUGCUUGCAGCAUUUACUCGCAUGUUCUAUUUAUUGUCUUUUUAAUGUCUUCAAGCUCAAAUUCGGGAAAAAGCAUAAGUUUCAGUGAAAAAGUUUAAGUUAUCCUUACAUAUUUACAUACCCUGUUACUUCUACAUAUCAACUCUACAGCUACAUACGAACAUAUCAGCCUACUAAGUAUCCACUCCUGCUAAACACAUACAUACAUACAGACUUAUAAGGCAACGUCAUCACAAUCGCGUCAGCAGCAUGUCAAAGAGACUCUUCAAAUUCGUGCUAACAGUGGUUCUAAUAAUAACCGAAUUCACUGACGGUGGUGAUGGCUCAGCGGUUUUAAUAUCAGAUAAUGCCAUGUCAGUGAUGGUGGAGCUUUCAUCGCGACAUCCGUUCUGCAAAAUGCAUACGGAUCGCGGCGACAUCCAGCGCAUGCUGUUGCAAUCAGAUCCACGACGCAUCCGACAAGUGCCACGUGAAUCGGUUAUGGAACUGGAGGAUGUGUGCUUGAAGUCUGGCUCUUAUGGACGCGAGUUCCGGGGUGGCUUGGGUUUCAUAUACCCCGGCACGAAAUGGUGUGGACCAGGCACCGCCGCCGUUGACUACAGUGAUUUGGGUUCACAUUUCGCAGAGGAUCGCUGCUGCCGCGAACACGACCACUGUCCGAACGUGCUCAAUGUGGGCGAAUGCCGUCGUGGGCUUUGCAAUAGCGGCAUAUUUACACGUUCGCAUUGUGAUUGCGAUGCGCGACUGCGCAAAUGCUUACAAUCGCUAAACACAGAAACAGCCAACACACUAGGCGCCAUAUUCUACAACGUUGUGCAAGUCACCUGCUUCCAGGAACGUAGUCCCUGCUCAGCACAUCAAAGGGCUGGCUACAACAAAACAGAACAGGAUGCGAUUUGUGCUCAAUGGCAAUAUCAACCAUGAAAAUAUGUACCCAGUGCACCAGGACGAACCUAAACCUAUACAUACAUAUCUACAUAGGAGUAAAUAUGGGUUACAUAAACAUAUGUAUAUGACAAAUAAGAAGUAACUGAACAACGAUAAUUUUAACAAUUAGCUACACACAUACCUGAAUAAUUGCAUACAUUAGGGCGGACCAAUUCGUAAGGAAGAUUUUCCGCCAAUGCCAGUAUAGCGUAGGAGUAUUCUACGCGAAAUUCUAAAGAAAUUUGGUGAAAAAACCUGCGUCUAAAAUCAAUUUAGAGUUUGAAAUUUUGAUGUAGUGUCGUAAAAAAGUGCUCAAAAUUUGUAUAAAAACAUACUAUAGGGGCCACUUUGGUAGGAGAAUUCCAUUUCUUGAUUUAUCUGUUUCUUAAAACUAGUUUUGGGAUAUAUUGAGUACUUUUGAGGAUCGGGUAUUUUUUAGAGUACUGUGCA